UCGCCAAAACCCUAUACUUACGACGGUCCGCUUCCCUCCUUGUCUCUUUUAUUUUCUCUAUGAAACUCCCCGCUCUCCUCACAAUUUGAUUUUCUCUCACCAAAUCGAUAUUUCCCUCGUUUGGUUCCCUAGAAAGCGAGGGAAGGGAGACCUAUUCGAGCUCGCAAUUUCACAACCCUAGGCCAUUCCGGGAUUCAGAAACAAUUUCGCUUUCUGCGUCGGCUCUAGGGUUUCAAACGAGAUGUCGCGGGAAGAAGAGAUUGUGAUGCGGGAUGUCAUGAAUGCUGGUCUCGUUGUAAGUGACCGCAUUGGCCGAGAAGUUGCGUCGCAGCUCGAUCUCGAAGAAGCCCUAGAAGCUUCGAGAUACGCCAGCCACCCGUAUACGACUCAUCCCAGAGAGUGGCCUCCCUUGGUUGAGGUGGUGGAUACUUCGGAGCUACCUCCAGUACUGAUUGAAAGAUAUAAUGCAGCUGGUGGGGAAGGAACUGCUUUAUGUGGAAUUUUUCCCGAGAUUCGUCGGGCAUGGGCAUCGGUAGAUAAUUCUUUGUUUCUUUGGCGCUUUGACAAGUGGGAUGGUCAAUGUCCUGAAUACAGUGGGGAGGAACAAGCUAUAUGUGCUGUUGGCCUUGCCAAAUCUAAACCUGGUGUUUUUGUUGAAGCUAUCCAAUAUCUUUUAAUUUUAGCAACACCCGUUGAGUUGAUUCUUGUAGGUGUAUGCUGCUCUGGAGGGGAGGUUAGUACUGAUCCGUUUGCAGAGGUUUCAUUGCAACCUUUGCCAGAGUACACAAUACCAUCUGAUGGAGUCACCAUGACUUGUAUUACAUGUACUGAUAAGGGUCGUAUUUUCUUGGCUGGUCGCGAUGGCCACAUUUAUGAGUUGCAUUACACAACUGGUUCGGGCUGGCAAAAGCGUUGUCGUAAAGUCUGCCAUACUACUGGUUUAGGAAGUGUUAUUUCAAGGUGGGUUGUACCAAGUGUAUUUAAAUUUGGAGCUGCUGACCCCAUUGUCGAAAUGGUUUUUGAUAAUGAAAGACAAAUUUUAUACACACGUACCGAAGAGAUGAAACUUCAGGUUUUUGUUACGGGACCAAGUGGUGAUGGUCCACUCAAGAAAGUGGCAGAAGAAAGGAAUCUUAUUAAUCAGAGGGAUGCACAUUAUGGAGGUAGACAAUCAACCGGAACAAGAGCGACAACAAAUCGGUUGACAAAACCAUCUAUUGUCUGCAUUUCAACUCUAUCUCUGCUGGAAUCAAAGGGGCUACACCUUGUUGCUGUUUUGUCUGAUGGAAGAAGGAUGUACCUUUCCACUUCUCCAUCUAGUGGAAACUUGGGUGGAUUUAAUUCUAACCAUCAUAAACCAAGCUGUUUAAAAGUUGUGACAACUAGGCCUUCUCCUCCUUUGGGGGUCAGUAGUGGACUUGCUUUUGGAGCCAUGUCUCUUGCUGGUAGACCUCAGAAUGAGGAUCUCUCACUAAAGGUUGAGACUGCAUAUUAUUCUGCCGGAACUCUUCUUCUUUCUGAUUCAUCGCCACCAACCUUGUCUUCUCUUCUCAUUGUAAACAGAGACUCAAGCACACAAUCGUCACUCUCAAGUAGUUUAGGGACAGGUACAAGGAGUUCUCGUGCAUUACGGGAAUCUGUCUCUUCUAUACCAGUAGAAGGACGAAUGCUUUUUGUGGCAGAUGUCUUACCCUCGCCAGAUACUGCAGCUACUGUGCAGUCUCUGUUUUCAGAAAUUGAAUUUGGAGGAUUUGAAAGCUCGGGGGAGUCCUGUGAAAAAGUAUCUGGUAAACUUUGGGCCAGAGGUGACCUUUCCACCCAACACAUUUUGCCCAGGAGGGGAAUCAUCAUUUUCAGUACCAUGGGCAUGAUGGAAUUAGUUUUAAACAGGCCUGUGGACAUUCUAAGGAGGUUGUUAGAAUCCAACUCACCAAGAUCAAUCUUAGAAGAUUUCUUCAAUCGUUUUGGCGCUGGCGAGGCAGCUGGAAUGUGUUUAAUGCUUGCUGCAAGAAUAGUCCAUUCUGAAAAUCUUAUAAGCAAUGUUGUUGCUGAGAAGGCAGCUGAAGCUUUUGAGGACCCAAGACUUGUUGGAAUGCCACAAGUUGAAGGUAGUAGUGCAUUGUCAAACACUAGAACCACUGCUGGGGGAUUUAGCAUGGGUCAGGUUGUACAGGAGGCUGAGCCCAUGUUUUCAGGUGCACAUGAAGGGCUCUGCUUGUGCUCAUCAAGGUUGCUUUUUCCUCUGUGGGAACUUCCUGUUGUGGUUCUGAAAGGUGGUUUAGGUUCAUCUGAUGCCUUAUCUGAAAAUGGGGUAGUCGUAUGCAGACUCUCUGUUGGGGCCAUGCAAGUCAUUGAAAACAAGAUCCGCUCUUUAGAGAAGUUUCUAAGGUCUAGAAGGAAUCAAAGGAGGGGACUUUAUGGCUGUGUAGCUGGUUUAGGAGACUUGACAGGCUCUAUCCUUUAUGGAACUGGUUCGGACUUUGGUACUGGUGACCAGAGUAUGAUGAGGAAUUUAUUUGGUUCUUAUUCACGCAGUGUCGAUUCCAAUGGUGGUGGGACAUCUAAUAAAAGGCAGAGAUUACCAUAUAGUCCUGCAGAAUUGGCUGCCAUGGAGGUGAGGGCAAUGGAAUGUAUUAGGCAGUUGCUUCUUAGAUCUGGUGAAGCCCUGUUUUUACUCCAACUUCUCUCUCAGCAUCAUGUCACACGCUUGGUUCAGGGAUUUGAUGUUAAUCUAAGACAGGCAUUAGUUCAAUUGACAUUCCAUCAACUAGUUUGUUCUGAGGAGGGCGAUCGCCUCGCUACAAUGCUGAUAUCAGCUCUAAUGGAGUAUUAUACUGGUCCUGAUGGCAGAGGGACGGUUGAUGAUAUCAGUGCAAAAUUUAGGGAGGGUUGUCCAAGCUAUUACAAGGAGCCUGAUUACAAGUUUUUCUUAGCUGUCGAAUGUCUUGAGAGGGCUGCUGUAACUCCAGAUGCUGAGGAAAAGGAGAACCUUGCUAGAGAGGCCUUUGACUACUUGAGUAAAGUUCCAGAGUCUGCUGAUUUACGAACUGUCUGCAAGCGGUUUGAGGAUUUAAGAUUCUAUGAAGCUGUUGUUCGUUUACCACUGCAGAAGGCACAGGCUCUUGACCCUGCAGGUGAUGCAUAUAAUGAUCAAAUUGAUACAGCUACUCGAGAAUAUGCACUUGCUCAGCGUGAACAGUGCUAUGAGAUAAUUAUCAGUGCUUUGCGUUCUUUGAAGGGUGAUGCUUCUCAGAGGGAAUUUGGGUCUCCUGCUAGGCCUGCUACUGCAAGAUCUUCCCUUGAUCAGGCCUCUCGGAAGAAAUAUAUAUGCCAGAUUGUUCAACUUGGUGUCCAAUCACCUGACAAAAUAUUUCAUGAGUACUUGUACAGGGCCAUGAUUGAGUUUGGCCUUGAAAAUGAGUUGUUGGAGUAUGGAGGUCCCGAUUUGGUGCCUUUUCUGCAAAGUGCUGGCCGUGAACCUAUGCAAGAGGUUCGAGUUGUUUCUUCUGUGACAUCAGCUACUUCUCUUAUGGGUCAAUCAGGAGCACCUAUACACUCUAAUCAAUCCAAGUACUUUGAUCUUUUGGCACGGUACUAUGUCUUGAAACGGCAGCAUAUGCUUGCAGCUCAUGUUUUGCUGAGACUGGCUGAGAGGCGUUCAACUGAUGUGGGGGAUGUUCCUACUCUUGAAAAGAGGUAUCAGUACCUUAGUAAUGCAGUUCUACAGGCAAAGAAUGCAAGUAACAGUAAUGGUUUGGUUGGAUCUGCACAAGUUGGUUUUGACAAUGGACUGCUAGAUCUGCUUGAAGGGAAGCUUGCUGUUCUUCGGUUUCAGAUAAAGAUCAAAGAAGAACUGGAAGCUAUAGCUUCCAGGUAUGCUUCACCUGGCACAUCUGAGUCUGCUCAAAAUGAACUCCCUGAAAGCAGUUUGACUGCUGAUGCUGCCAAUGUUCCAAGUGCUGCACGUGAAAAGGCUAAAGAGCUAUCAUUAGAAUUAAAGAGCAUAACUCAACUAUAUAACGAGUAUGCCGUUCCAUUUGAGCUCUGGGAGAUAUGUCUGGAAAUGCUGUACUUUGCAAACUAUUCCGGUGAUGCCGAUAGUAGCAUUGUAAGAGAAACCUGUGCUAGACUAAUUGAUCAGGCUCUUUCAAGGGGCGGAAUUGCUGAAGCAUGUUCAGUACUGAAAAGAGUUGGUUCACACAUUUAUCCCGGAGAUGGAGCUGUUUUACCUUUGGACACUCUCUGUCUUCACCUUGAGAAGGCUGCGCUGGAGAGAUCUGAAUCUGGCAUUGAAUCUGUUGGAGAAGAAGAUGUUGCAAGAGCUCUCCUUGCUGCUUGCAAGGGUGCAACAGAACCCGUGUUGAACACUUACGACCAAUUAUUAUCAAAUGGAGCUAUUUUGCCAUCACCAAAGCUCAGGUUACGCCUUCUCCGAUCAGUGCUACUGGUACUUCGUGAGUGGGCAAUGUCUGUAUUUGCACAGAGAAUCGGUACUAGCACAACGGGGGCUUCUUUAAUAUUAGGUGGAACAUUUUCACUUGAGCAAACAGCAGUCAUUAACCAAGGGGUUAGAGAUAAGAUCACAAGUGCAGCAAAUAGGUAUAUGACUGAGGUUCGGAGGUUGGCCCUUCCGCAGAACCAGACAGAGGCCGUUUACCGAGGCUUUCGAGAACUCGAAGAGUCACUGAUAAGUUCUUUUUCUUUUAAUAAUAAUUUUUGACAGUUUUCUUGUACGGUUUAUGGUGUUGUAUGAGUGUUAUCUUUUAGAUAUUGGUUCUCUAAAUGGAAAUGCUAUAAAAUAUUCAAAUUGGAUAUCAUAA